UGCAAGUCCUGCAGGACUGCCAGAGGGCAUGGGGUCAGACGCUCUCUGGUUGGGAGGGCGACAGUCCUGACUGCAGCAGUGCAAAGGGCCUCAGAUGCGACAGCAGCGGAAUGAUCACGUUCAUGGAGGUUUCUCAAAUUGGCCUGACAGGACCCAUCCCUCCGUCCAUUGGCGCAUUGACGAAUCUUGAACACCUGUCCUUUUGGAACAAUCGCUUGACGGGACCCAUCCCUCCAUCCAUUGGCAACUUGCAACGCCUUCGUCAGCUGCACCUUGGCGGCAAUCUCUUGACAAGACCCAUCCUUCCAUCCAUUGGCAACUUGCAACGCCUUCGUCAGCUGUACCUUCACAACAAUAACUUGACAGGUUCGAUCCCUUCAUCUAUUGGCGCAUUGACAACCCUUCAAAUCCUGAACCUUGCCGACAAUCUCUUGACAGUAACCAUCCCUCCAUUCAUUGGCGAAUUGCAACGCCUUCGUGAGCUGUACCUUCACAACAAUAACUUGACAGGAUCGAUCCCUUCAUCUAUUGGCGCUUUGACAACCCUUCAAAUCCUGUACCUUAAUAACAACCUCUUGACAGCACCCAUCCCUUCAUCCAUUGGCGCAUUGAAUAAUCUUGAAUGGCUGUACCUUCACAACAAUCUCUUGACAGGACCCAUCCCUCCAUCCAUUGGAGAAUUGCGAUCCCUUAUAUGGCUGAGGCUUAACAACAAUCUCUUGACAGGACCCAUCCCUUCAUCCAUUGGCGAAUUGCGAAGCCUUAUAUGGCUGAGGCUUACCAACAAUCUCUUGACAGGAGCCAUCCCUCCAUCCAUUGGCGAAUUGAUAAACCUUCGAUCGCUUGAUCUCGCACACAACUACCUAACAGGUCCCCGUCCCGUUCUGAAGACCUUGAAUCUUGAGUACCUCGGGCUUUCUGACAACUACUUGUCGGGUCAACUGAUUGCAGAAAACUGUCGUCAAGGCCUUAUCGAUGCCAACUGCUUCACACAGACCAAAGCCUGCCGUCCUGAGUUACAGCGACCCGCAGCACAGUGCACAGCGUUUUGUGGCAUCUCCAAGACCACUGCUGCAUGUGGCGGCCAUGGCGUAUGCUAUCCAGACGGGCCCAGCUUGGUGCCCACGUGCUCGUGUACUUCGGGAUGGGUGCAGUUCGAAGGAAAUUGCAUUGCAGCAGGCUGGGUUCAAAGAAACCCCAUCCGCAUUCUUCCUCCAUUAACUUCUCUCACCAAGGGCACAAAGAAGAGAACAGUGGGGCGGUUCAUGGCGAAGCCAGUGACCCUGUUUGCGUACCCCCCUGGUGUGACCUCGCGAUGUAGCUUGGAGUUGGCGUUUAGAGUCAACUCCACCUUUGCUCUCGUGCCCCAGUCUGGUACUGCCCGGUCCAACGGCUUUGCGUUUGUGAUCGCAGCAAAGCCCAAGAUGGGGAGACGUGGUGGUGUAGGGUAUGCUGGAGUGGGGGCUCGGAGCAUAGCCGUUGUGUUCAAGACACUUCAAAACGACAACCAGAGUGAUACAAUCGAGCAGCACGUGGGGCUGAGCAUCAAGGGCAUGGAGGAACCCUUGGUGACGGAGGUAUCACCAUUCGAGGACAGCAAGGUCUACAAGGCAUGGGUGGACUAUGAGCCUGGGGAUCCCGGCACCAUUCAAGUGUUCCUGGCGGAAUCAGACACGAAACCAGAGGAGCCGUUGCUGCAGGGGAGGCUGUCGAUGUGUGCGGUGCUGCAGGCUGGAGUGCGGCAGCAAGCGUUCUCGUUUGGCUUCGUGGCGUCCACCACUGUGAAGCCCUUCCAGCUAAACAACAUUAUCUUCUCUUUCAUGCAAACAGGCUUUCCUUCACCCAAGUCAGCCCAGAUCACAGAGCAAGCCCGAGGCCUCUCAUUAUCGGAGGCCACAUUUGCCCCACCUCGAGGCAGCCCCUUCUCGCGCUACGUGAGUGCGGACUUCAAGCUGUCGACCACCAAAGGGCCCUCGUGGAGCAUCCGUGACUUCCACACUUGGGACUCCGUGGGCUUCCUUGGCUGGCCUGUCAAGAACCAGAACGACUGCAAUGCCUGCUGGGCGUAUGCGGUGUUGGCGAGUGUGGAGGCGGCAUACGGCAUUGCAAAGCAGCAGAGCGCUCCCCAGCUCUCAGUGGAGGCGCUCUUUGCGCUCAUGGGGCUCUCCGACUCCGAUAAGUGCUCCGCUGGCGGCUCCCCAACCCGGGCCUUCGAGAUGCUGGUCGCUCUUGAUGCCAGCAGUGGGCUCACAGGGGACAAUGACCCGGUAGGGCCAACAGAAUGGAACGUUGUAUGUGAGGCGAGAUAG